AUGGAGUCUGUCCUGCUUUUCGCCCUUGUGGGGGCAGUCGGUGCAUUUCCCACUGGAGAUGUGGACGGGGACAAGAUCAUUGGAGGAUACACGUGCCCCAAGAAUUCAGUGCCCUAUCAGGUUUCCUUGAAUGUUGGGGGCACACACCACUGUGGGGGGACCCUGGUCAGCCAACAAUGGGUGCUGUCUGCUGCCCACUGCUACAACACACGCAUCCAGGUGAGACUGGGGCAGCACAACCUGCGGGUGCUGGAGGGGAGUGAACAGUUCAUCUCAGCCGCCAAGGUGGUCCUCCACCCUGACUACAAUAGACAGACCAUGGACAACGACAUCAUGCUGAUCAAGCUGGCCACCCCUGCCACCUUGGACAACCGCACCGUGGACACAGUCACCCUGCCCACCACCUGUGCCCUUCCCGGGGAUGAGUGCCUGCUGUCUGGCUGGGGAAACACCCUGAGCUUUGGCGAAAAACUUCCGGCAGAGCUGAAGUGCCUGGAUGCCCCUGUGAUCUCAGAGCGCCGGUGCCGGAACUCCUACCGGGGGAAAAUCACAGACAACAUGUUCUGUGUGGGCUUUUUGGAAGGUGGCAAGGACUCCUGCCAGGGGGACUCUGGUGGCCCCCUGGUCUGCAACGGACAGCUGCAGGGUAUCAUCUCCUGGGGCUAUGGCUGUGCUCUGAAAGGCAAGCCCGGCGUCUACACGAAGGUGUGCAACUAUCUGGACUGGAUCCAGCAGACUAUGGAGGCCAACUGA